GGGAUUGAGUGUCACCUCCCGAAGGAUAAGUGUAUUGAUGCGUAUCGAACCUCGUUGUGGAAGGAUUCAUUGAUUGUCUACAGUAGAUGUUCCGUAUCGAUGUUGUCGAUUGUGGAAUGAGAUGGAACUGACACGUAUGACCUUUUAUAUGAAUUACAAAGUGCUGGAUUACUAAACUGGGAAAACACUAGCAGAUAGCCAGUCAGCGCCGAGAAGCCAUCCGCCGUCUCCCAGGAAGCGGUUAUCACCCUUGCGUGCGUGCUUGCUUUCCUCGGUACCCUCCUACUUUUAGCCGGCCUUUGCUGGUAUAUGCGACACCAGAGACAAAAAGAUAACAGACGAAAAAACGAGACGCUGUACAAGAUUUCAAGGUUUCUUAACGACCAGCAAACACGGGACUUAAGUGCUCAAAAUACAACCAAAGGCAGUCACUUGUCCGCAAAGGGGAUUAACCUAACAGAGCGCUCCACUCCCAGGACUGCAGAGUUAUCUGUCGCACCUGUUCAAAAGCUAAAGAACGAUCUAGAAACUGCAGAUCAAACGACAACCGACGACAUGGUUGUUGGACAAACGCAGAAGUAUAAAGACUGGCGGGUGUCCCACCCCAGUGGCAAUAUCACCAUGAAUGGUUCCCUGCCCAUCAAGCCGGUACGUUACGUUCUGAGACCACGUGCCAACACUACAAACACACGCUACACUUUACCGGCACGCGUGUCCACGGGUUAUGAGCGCGGUCGCUCACUGCACAGAACACUUGUGCAUACGGAUGGAAAAUACGACGGAAAUUAUGUUAUGAUGCGAUCAAAAUCUGCUCCGGCUGUUAACCGCCAGUCCUCGACACAAGUACGGCAGCCGCUAUACUUCACAAAGUCUCACUACAUGGCAAUCAAGCAGCCAUUCUCCAAGAAGUAUCUCCUGCCGCCCGUGCGUACGUUCUACGAAGAGCGUCCGGUCACUCAGACUCUUCCCCGGCCGCAGACGCAGAGGAACGUGAUCGAGGUGCGACGGACGCCGGCACCCGCGCCUCCUAAACCGAUCACCUCUAAGGGCAACGUUUAUCACGUGCAAUUCGUACCUUCCGCGAAUCAAACCAUUCAUAGGCUUGGAGGAGAAUUGGGCUUAGAGCUGAAUUCGUCAAGGCCUUACACGGUUCAGUCGACUAGAGAAUGGCACACGAAGAGCGAAAAUACUCCAAGGGUUAUCCACAGUGGUCAAUCUAAUGUCUUCACGUAUGACGAUUCUGGUGGCCAGUCUAAUGUGUACACGGUUGGGAGUUCUGAGGCACAGGGUAGAUAUUACACCAUUGAUAAGCCCGACCAGACGAUUGGUGAGACACGGAUCUACGAGUCCCGGUAUGGACAUGGUCCCAACGAGUCCCGGUAUGGACAUGGUCCCAACGAGUCCCGGUAUGGACAUGGUCCCACUCGCAUUCAGCUUAAGACCUCGGACCAGGCGCAUCAAGGAACGAGUGUUAAAACAGGUGUCCGGAUGGCAGAAUGGACCGGAGACGAUUUGCAUGUAGAGAAACUCCAUCUUGAAAACGUGCAAGCGGACGACACUUCCUACCCGUACAGAGCCAGUUAUCGCGAGCACGUGACGACAGUAUCUACUCAGGGCUCUCGCAAAGCGGCAGAUGAAUUCACAAUAAUCGAUUACGUAGAACAGAACAAGCCCGCUACCAACCACGUGGUGCGCUAUUCCGGACACGACUCGUCGGCGCUUCAUGACCUUGAUAAGGUUUUGAAUAUGCCAAGCGAGAGCGAGCACUCCUCCCCAGGCAGGAAGAAAAACUCUUCUUCUUCGUCAUCGUCCUCUUCUUCGUCGUCGUCCGCUCCAUCUCGAACACGUUCGAAAUGAUAAAUCAUCUACAUGAAUGUUUGUUUAAACAUAUUUUAUUUCCAAAUUGACCAUUACAAAUGAAUUACAUUCACACAAUAUAUAAUGGAAACGGUUGGACCUUAAGUUCUACAACAUUAUCGGGGGUCUUUCCCUAGAGUAUAAAGUUACAUAGAUAAUAGUGACUGUUUGAGAUGUAAAUAUUAGUCGUCGUUUUGGAAAUCUUUCGAAAAACUACUUAAAAAGAUAGAUGCAACUACUAUUUUGAUUACAACGAUAGUAAUAAUAAUAAUAAUACUAUUAGUAAUAAUAAGAAGAAGAAAAAUAAGAAUAAGAUUAUUAAUAAUGAUAAUAUUGAUAGUAGUAUAUAAUUAGAAUAAUAAGAAUAAUAAUAAAUAUAAUAAUAAUAAUAAUCACUAAUAAAAACAUUUGGGUGUACAAAUAAUAUAAGUGUAAUGGUACAAUGUAAUACACAAUAAUGGACAAUAAUGAGUCAUGUCCUGGUGCGUCUAUGUAAAACGCUUCGUCGCUGAAAUAAAUCUUUGCACUUCAGUAACAAUAAUUACAUUUUCUUCGUCGUUCAAUAAUUGUUUUCCAUGGAGAAGAAAAUCAGAAUUUAAAGGGUGAAAAUGAACGCAAUGCAUUAAAUAGAAACAAUCGCUGUCUUUUUAUGUAUACAGAAUUAUGUUUGUAUAACAUAUUUAAUUGAAGUUUUUUCUUUCUUCAUGAAGGCGUUGUUAAGAAUGUGUAUACUUAAAAUAAUAGAUGCAUUAUUUAAUUUAUUGAACCUUUUGCAAAUUAAGAAACUGGACGUUGUAUAAAUUGUACAUAAAUCAGAGGAAUUCGUUAAAGACUUCCGCUGCGCACGUUAGGCUUUAUGUCAAACCCCUUUUGAAAAUUUGUAAAUUUGUAAAUACAAAUUUGUUGUUUUUCUGUUUGAUUAUACAUCGCUAGCUUGUUUAUAUUUGUUUAUUUAGUUGUUAUAAUUGCUUAUAUUUAUACUCAGAGGUGGUAUGUGUUAUGAAUAUCAACAUAGUAUUUGUCGUGUUCAGAUGUUUGUCUGAACACAUGUGUCUCUUAACAAGGACGAGAAUUGUAAAGACCGCAUUUAUCAAUUAUGUUACAUUUGCUUUUCACAUGAUAUAACCUAUAUAUAAUAUGUCUGUUGCACGUAAUGAAAAAAAUUAUGUAUCCAUAUUUAAAAUAUAUUGCAUUGUUGUUUAUUGAA